AUCGAUUAAAUGCAAUGUCUCAAAAAAUGGAUAAUCUCCAAUAAGAAUUUGGAAUUCUCCCUAGAGUGUUUUCCCAUCAAGUACAUGUCAGAAUUUCAUUUUUACAUAGCUGAUCGAAACAUAUUACCUAGAAAUAAUUUAGAAAGAAUUUGAAAGACCCUUUAACACAAUGCCAGACGAGACCACUUUCAUUCCGGAGGAGGAUUUCCCGGAGGUGUACAAGAUUUGCAAGUUAUUCAAACCGACCGACGACGAUCUGGAAAAGAUCAGGAAUCUGAUGGACCGUGAGAUUACGAUGGGUUUGAGUCGCGAUCACCACGAUCGCUCCACGGUUCCCUGUCAUCUGAGUUACGUGCAGGAUUUGCCAAGUGGCAGGGAGCGUGGUCAGUUCCUGGCCCUCGAAAUGAUGCCCACCAACUGCCGGAUAAUGCUGGUGAAGUUCAGCAGCGAAAACGAUAUAUACACCAGUUCCAAGUGCGUGAUAAUGCCACAUACAGUGGCAGCGGGACGGGGAACCGAGGUCUUCAGCUUCCUGGCCACCAGUAUUGCCAACUUCGUGAAGGAAAAGAAAGUGGAGAAGGACAACUUACCCCUGGGCAUCGCCUUCGCCUUCACCCUCAACAAACUGGCUUUGGAUGUGGGCAUCCUGGUUUCGUGGACCAAGGAGUUCGGAGCCCAAGGCGCCAUUGGCAAGGAUGUGGUUCAUCUUCUCCGCGAUGCUCUGGCCAAGUUCCCCGAGAUAUCCGUCGAAGUAAUGGGCAUCAUAAAUGUGGGAGCAGGAUCCCUUUUGGCACUUUGCUGGGCUCAACCGGAUACCCGAAUGGGUUUGAUAAUGGGCAGUAUUGCCAACUCCUGCUACGUGGAAAGGAUCGAGAAGUGUGAACUCUACGAGGGUGAGGAGGACAGGAAGGUGAUGGUGAUCAACUCGGAUUGGGCCCACUUCGGGGAUAAUGGACAGCUGGACUUUAUUCGCAACGAAUUCGAUCGCCAGUUGGACAACGAGUCCAUUACUCCUGGUCAGCGGCUCUACGAGAAGUUCAGCGGAGCUCUCUGCAUGGGGGAACUGAUCCGCAUCAUUGUGCUUCGUCUGAUGAAAAUGGGCGCCAUCUUUGCGGAGGACAGGCGGGACUACAUAAGCAUCCAGUGGAAGUUGGACAUGGUUUCGGUGAUCGAAAUAGCCUCUGAUCCUCCAGGGGAGUUCACGAAGGCCCAGGAGGUGAUGGACAAGUUCAGGAUCCGCCACUGCAAAGAUCGGGAUCUGGCUGCCUUGAAGUACAUCUGCGAAACGGUCACCAGUCGAGCGGCUAUGGUAGUGGCAAGUGGCGUGUCCUGCCUGAUCAACCGCAUGAAUCUGCCACAGAUCUCGAUCGCCGUGGAUGGCGGCAUCUAUCGCCUGCAUCCCACCUUCGCCACUGUUCUGAACAAGUACACACGCCAGCUAACCGAUCCCAGGCUGAAAUUCGAGUUCGUUAUCACCCAGGACAGCUGUGGAGUCGGGGCAGCCAUCAUGGCGGGAAUGGCCCAUGCCAACAAGUACAAGACGGACACCAAGAUGUUCCUAAUGGAUUACUAAGCCAAAUACAUCUGUAUAUGCAUUCGAAACUAAGUUUUUCAAUAAAUAUUAUAUAUUAUUUAGUA